CCUCUGCCUCUUCGGAAGGACAGGUCCUCCAGAGAGCACCAGCCACAGAAACUGUCCACCCUUGCAAAAAACAUCUUCAUUAUGGCAUAUAAAGCAGCACAUUUGGCUUUUAAGUCACGCUGGCACAAGACAGAUGAAGAACUCUGUCGGCACAGUAUGUCCUUUGUCUUGCAUAAAGCAAUCCAAAAUGACUUCUUUCAGAGUUACCUUUAUCUUCUGGAAAAGCUUCCUCUGGUGAAACUUUACGCUUUGACAAGUCAAGUUAUCAAUGGGGAGAUGCAGUUCUAUGCCAGGGCCAAACACUUCUACCAGGAGGUACCAGCCACAGAAGAGGGCAUGAUGGGAGACUACAUUGAGCUCUCCAAUACAGACAUUGAAUCUUCCAAGGAGUUUCUGAGGAAGUUUGUUGGGGGGGUGGGGAAAGCUGGCACCAACCGCGCUCUGGACUGUGGCUCUGGAAUAGGCCGUAUCAGCAAGCAUGUCCUGUUACCAGUUUUUAAGAGUGUGGAAUUGGUUGAUAUGAUGGAGAAUUUUCUGGCUGAGGUCCCGAACUACUUGCAGGGCAAGGAGGACAGAGUAGAGAUGUAUUACUGCAAAAGCCUCCAGGAAUUCACUCCAGCCCCACAAAGAUAUGAUGUCAUCUGGAUUCAGUGGGUUUCAGGAUAUCUGACAGAUAAAGAUCUCCUGGAGUUUCUUAUCCGGUGCCAGAAUGGCUUGAAGGAUAAUGGUGUUAUCAUUCUCAAGGACAAUGUAGCCAGGGAGGGCUGUAUCCUGGAUUGUCUGGAUAGUAGUGUGAUCCGAGACCUGAACAUCCUCCACAGCCUCAUUGAAAUGAGUGGACUCACCAUCCUGCGAGAGGAAAGGCAGGAGGGAUUUCCUGAGCAGUGUGUCCCAGUCUGGAUGCUGGCCAUGCAGAAAGGCCCUGGCCAUUCCUGA